AAAAAAUCAACUAUGUAAUUUACGCAGACUUUGAAAGUCUAUUGGUAAAUUGUUUCGAAAAGAAAUCUGAAAACACACAUAAUUUAAAAAAACACCAACCUUCAUGUUUUGCAUAUUACAUAUGUUGUUCACAUGAUCCCCGCCAAAAUAGAUAUGUAACAUAUAGAGGUCUAGAUUGUGUGGAGGUAUUUAUCACUAGAUUAAUAGAAGAUGUGAAGAAAAUAAAUGAUAUAUUAUUAAUUAAAAAACAAAUGAUACCUUUAACUAAAAAAGAACAAACCCAAUAUAACAAUGCAAGUACUUGUCAUAUUUGUGAUCGCUUGUUACUCGACGAUAAAGUGCGUGACCACGAUCAUGUGACAGGAAAGUAUAGAGGACCUGCACAUACUCAAUGUAAUCUAAUGUUUAGAGUAUGUCCAUUUAUACCUGUAAUUUUUCAUAAUUUAUCGAAUUAUGAUUCCCAUCUUUUUAUAAAAGAAUUAGCAAAACAUAAAGGUCAUAUUAAAAUAAUACCCAAAACUAAAGAAAAAUAUUUAACCAUUACUAAAUACAUAGAUCAUGAUAAUAGUAACCGUCCUGUACAAAUUAAAUUUAUUGAUUCGUUUCAGUUUCUAAGCUCAAGUUUAGAUGCACUAAGCAAAAGUUUGACAGAUAAAGAUUUUUUGCAUUUAUCAACGGAAAUGAGAAAUGAUAAUUUAAUAUAUUUGCUCAAAACUAAAGGUAUUUAUCCUUAUGAUUACAUGAAUACUUGGAAAAAGUAUGAAGAAACAAAACUUCCUCCGAAAGAAUUCUUUUAUAACACAUUGAAAAUGGAGCAUAUUACCGAUGAAGAAUAUAAGCAUGCAAAAACUGUAUGGGAUGCAUUUAAAAUAACAACUAUUGGCGAGUAUACUGAUCUAUACCUGAAAUGUGAUGUUUUAUUAUUGUGCGAUAUAUUUGAAAAUUUCAGAAAUAUAAGUUUAAAAUAUUAUAAAUUAGAUCCUGCCUACUACGUAACUGCACCUAGUUUAAGCUGGGAUGCUAUGCUGCUCUAUACACAGGUUGAGCUUGAUUUAAUAGAUGACUUAGAAAUGUAUCAAAUGCUAGAGAAGGGCAUACGCGGUGGUCUAGCACAGUGCUCAUUACGUCAUGCGAAGGCUAACAAUAAAUAUUUGCCAGAAUUUAAUGAUCUAGAACCUUCUAGUUAUUUGAUAUAUCUCGAUUGCAAUAAUCUGUAUGGUUACGCAAUGACUAAAAAGUUCCCAAUUACAGAGUUUCGUUUUCUAAAUCAGAAGGAAGUUAAUUGCUUUGAUGUAAUGAGUAUAUCGGAUGAAAGUCAAUAUGGUUUUAUAUUAGAAGUAGAUCUCGAAUAUCCCGAGCACGUACAUGAUUUUCAUAGUGAUUUACCUUUUGCUCCUGAAAAGUUUAUACCACCAGGGGGAAAGACAGCUAAACUUAUAGCUAAUUUAUAUGAUAAAUUUAAUUAUGUAAUAUAGGCUUCAGUGUUUUAGAAUAUGCUAAAUUACAUCUUUAUCAGUAUCAUUAUAAUAUGAAAAAGAAAUACAUGAAUAAUAUAAGACUUUGUUACACAGACACUGACAGUCUACUCUAUUUAAUAUAUACAAAAGAUAUUUACAGUGAUAUAAAAAAUAAUUUAAAAGAUUUUGACACAAGUAAUUUUCAUUUAGAUAAUCCUUAUUUAAUACCACGAAUAAAUGAAAAAGUUCCUGGACUCUUUAAAGAUGAACUAGGUGGUGACGUGAUCACUGAAUUCACUGGCUUAAGAGCGAAACUUUACUGUUUGCUAUCUUCCAAAGUACAAAUAAAAAAAGCAAAAGGUAUUUCAAAAUCAGUUACAAAUAGACUAGAUAUAUCGCAUUACAAUAAGGCAUUAUUUCAUAAUGAGAGUAAAUCAUGUAAAAUGAAUAUGAUUAGGUCAAUCAAGCAUGUAUUAUACACACAAGAAGUGAACAAAGUGGUGAUGAACAAAAACGAUGAUAAACGAUACAUACUCCCAAAUCAAAUUGAGACAUUACCUUGGGGUCACUAUAAAACUCUAUUUUAGUUAAUGUAUUAUAGUUUUAGUAUUGUGUAUUAAUAGUUUUAGUAUAAUGUAUUAAAUACUAAUAUUGUAUUUUAUAAUAACUGUACUUUAAUUAUAAGUAAAAAUAUACGUAUGCUACUUA